UAUGUAGAGUGUAGGUUAAACAUCUAAGAAAUCUUUUGUGAUGAGAUUUGUUGAUAUUUAAAAUUUAUCUUAGUUCGUUUUUUAUGCGAAUGUUAAUGCAUAGCUAUAAUAUUGUGAUUGGAAUAUACUGACAUUUACUAACAAAAUACCCCAGUAGGUAUUUACUUUUACAUUAAUAACUGUGAAGGUCAGCUAAAUGUAAGUACCUACAACAUUAUUAUUCACUGUUUAAACAUAGAAUUGCAUUAUUUUAUUUUCCCGAAUAAAAUGGGAUUUUUUUUUAAAAAUCUACUCAAUCUAAAUUCAAGUUGUUUAUUUUAUUUUAGAACCAACACAAUGGACGACAUAUCAGACCAAGAACUACGUCGUCGUUUGUCUGCAUUUAAUACAGUGGUACCUCCUGUUACCAAAUCGACUCGUAAUUUAUUGUUGAAAAAACUAGCAAAUCUUGAAAGCAGCCAAUUGAACCAAAAAUCUGCUUCAGAUGUUAUGCCUCCUCCAAAGUUAAAAUCUACGACCAAUGGUACUAAUGAGUCGAUUAUUAUAUCGUCGUCUGGUACUAAAACCCCUCAACAUAAUAUUUUUGACGUGGAUAGUCCUAGAAAAAGCACUAGACUUCGCCGACAAUACCGAGCUCCUGAUACAUUUGAUACCUCUGAUUCUGAAGUUGAUACACACACUCUAGGACAUUCUAUUGCGCCACCUAAUCCAAAAAUAAUUAGUUCUUCACCUAAAUCAAAUGAAACAUCUUUGAUGAAUGUAUCUAACUGGAAAAAUGAAACAAACAAAAAUAUAGAUGAGAGUUCGCAUUAUUUACCAAGUAUAUAUUAAAUUUUGAUUUACUUAAAAGUUUCUAUUCUGUCCUAUUUUCAAGUUUUUUUAUAAUAAUAUUUUAAUUUGAUUAAAUAACUAUAGAAACAGAACAAUUUGAAGUACAAACUGACAAUAUAAUUACUAGUUUUGUGGAAUCUAAAGUAAAUAAAACACCCUCAAAAACACCAAUUCAAUUUACAACUAUGCAGAAUUUUCAAAAAGAUCGUAUGAGCCCUUUUAAGGAAAAUAAAUCGCAUGCUGAUCAAGCAAUACAAAGAUGGAAAGAAAAAAUAAUGGAUCAGUCUCACUCUCCACUAAGUAAUUUUUAUAUUUUUCAAAUCUAUAUCAUAAUUAGGUAUUAUGAAAAUACUUUUUUAAAAUUUCUAGUAAGAUUUUAACUAUGUGUUAAAUUGUUGGCUAUUAAAAUCAAAAUAAGAUGAAAUUCGACAAAAACUGUUGUUUUUCCCUGUCUGAACAAUUAUGGUUUCAUUUGUUGUAUUAUUUUCAAGGUUUGUAAUGUACGUGAACAAACCGUUUGAUACGUUACACGUUUAAUAUGCCAUUUAUAAAACGAUAUAACAACUAAAACAUAAGAAUACAUUUACUACUGUUCAAUACAGCCAUAAUAGAAAAAAAAAUGUUUGUACUGUAUAAAACAUAAAACCAUGUACUUUUACAAACAUAUUAUAAUCAAUGAUAUACAUUUUUUUUUUUAUCUAUACAACUAUCUUAUGAGAAAUCUUGCUCUAGUUACAAACUUUAUAGGAACUUUCUUGUUGUAUUUUUGAUUCCUUGCUUAUUACGUCCCCGUUUAUUGGAAUUAGGGAAAAAAUUAAUAAAUAAAUGACAAUACUCUGCUUAAAAUCAGUUUUAAUUAGCAAUGGUUUAUUGCUCCGUAAAGAUAUAAAUGAAAUUACUGUGCAUAGCCUUCAUUUUAACUUCCUUCUUAAAACAGUAGCACAUCCAUCAACGAUAUCAGCUAUUUUUUUAUGAGUAUUAAACAUUCAAUUUUUAUCUUAUAUGUGUUAACUUGGCUUUAAGUUAUAAUAUAUUAAUGAAAUAAUUAUUUUGAUGGGCGUCACAUAUUUUAAAGUUUAGUAAAAAUAUAUAUUACUAUUGCGUGAGAUAACUAGCUAAAUAUUUGUUAAAUUUAUGUAAUAUUUCUUAUUCUUUACUCACAAUUGUAUUUAUUAUAAUUUAUAGAACCAAAUCUUGUACCAACUAAUACAGCACUAUUCAAUUCACCAUCACCUAUUUUAAAACCAUCUACACACAAUUUAAGGUUUGCUAAAUAAUAAUGUUAAAUAAUAAGAUAAUGAUAAAAUAUUAUAAUAAUUUAUUUUUUUAGGAAAAAUGUCCGAAAAUCCACUCUAAGCCAAUUUCCAAGAAAUUAUUAUACAAUGAACAUUCAGAACUUAAUACUACUUAUUAUUGGAUUUUUUACAGUAAUUUUAGGAUUAUACUUUAUUUCAUUACAACCAAGUACAGUUGUAUUGCCAUCAGGUAAUGAUAUUUAUAUUUAUAUUUCUUAAGUGGUCUGGUACCAGUGUAUUUUUUGGUUCAAAAAUAUGUUUUACGGGAAAAACUCCUAUUCUUUGUAGAAUAAUUUGAUUUUGAUUAUUUUUCCGUUGUAUAAUAAAUUGCAAAAUAUAAAUGUCUUACAGAUCAGAUUGAACUUUGUGUUUCAAUGUUUUUAUUACAAAUAUAAUAUUUAUUAUAUAUCAAAAAAAGUCAAUUUUUAACUUCUACUAACUAACUUUUUUACAAAAAAUAUUAUGUCAACAAUAAGUUAUCUCAAUUCCCGCAGUCAUUUAUGUUAGUAAAAACAAUUCUACCUCUUCCUCCUAAAUGGGUAUCGGGUAGUAAAUCAGUUGGAAAAUCUUAUCUUUAAAGUGAUAAUUAAAAUAUUAAAAAUAUUUUUUUUUUAAUUUAAAAAACUGGCACCAGGCCCCUUAAAUGGUUUAGUAGAAUAAUUUUCAAAAAUAAAAUACCAUGUUACAGUUUAAUAUAUUUUUAAAUAAUGGGAUUUUAUCCUAGUUCUUAAUUAUUUAUCAAUAAUAAAUAUUUGAAUUUAGUAUUAUUAUAUUAUAUAGCUGGGCCGAUAUCCGGUAUUUUAUUUCCUUGGAUCCAUAAACUGAUAAAUCAUAUGUCUCAUGAUUGAUGAAAACAUCAUAGAUGUGAGCAAGAAUAAUAUAUUGAUAUCAUUGAUGAAUGAUAAUAAAUUAGAUUACUAGGUAUACUAUGCUAUGCAUAUAAAUAUUUUUGAAACCACUAUAUCCGCCAUUACUAGUGGAUCAUAUAUGUCUUUUAAUAACAUAAUUUCCUGUUUUAGGUAUAAUCAUUAAUUGUAUUCUAUACGUGUCACUCUGGUAGUCUAAUCUUUAUGGCAUAUAUUAUUUAUAUUUUUAAUAUUUAUAUAAGAACUAAAAUGUGUUAAAAAUUAGUAGAUACUAAAUAAUAUGUAAUAUAAUAGCUAUAUUAAAUAUAUUGUUUUCUUAAUUAAAUUUUAACAAUUAUCAAAAUGGUACAUAUAAAAAAAAAAAUACUUAAUGUGUAGCAAAGUAAAAUAUUGUUAUAUAAUAAUUAGCAAGACCAAACAAAUUUGGUUUUUUCUAACCACGUUUAUUAUUUUAAAAAAAAAAAAUAUUUUACUACAAGAAUUUAUUCCUAUAUUUAAAUAUGUAUGUGAAUUAGGUUGAUUAAACUUAUUUUGGUGGGCCUUGCAUACAUGUCUACUAACAACAUAAAUUCAGGAAGAAGAGUUGAAGAUAGAGCUAAUAUACUUUGAACCAAAGGGUUAACAGAUAUAAGUUUUAUAAAUAUAUAAUUUAAUUGGUAUUAUUGAUAGAACCACCAUCAUAAUAUACAAAUUUUUAUGUGACUUGCAUUAUACAUUAUAUUGGUUUAACUAUAAAUGCGGAGGAAAAACUGAUACCUGAUAUACCAAUAGUUCUAAUAUCAGCAGAAAUUAAUAUUAGUAUCGGCCCCAUCCCUAUUUGUUGGCUCUUAUGACAGGUAGAAAUACAAUGUUACUAUUCUGAUAUUCUAGGGAUAUAUAGGGAGUGUAAUAUUGUCAACUAAAGUAAAUUCCUCUCCACCUUACAAAAACAAUAUAUGCCUACUAGAAACACCCACUAGAACUUAGCCACUCGAGAGCCUCAGGUGUCACAUACUUAAUCAAUUAAAUAUGAAUUACUUCAAAAUUACAUAAAAUUAUCUAUGUAUAUUGUAUAUAUAUAAUUAUUUUAUUAAAAAGUUAAAUUUACUAAAUAUUGUAUUAUAAUAUUUAUACUUAGAUAAAUAUUUUUAACAUAAAAUAUAGGUAUCAUUAAUUUAUUAUAUAUUACAUAGUAUUUAUUCAGAUGUUAAUUUGUUCAAAAAUAAUUUCACUGCAUUUCAGGUAUUUUGAACUCAUUAUGUGCCAAAAAGAACCUUCAAGGAUCUAAUUGUGAAAAAGAACAAGAAAAAGUACAACGUUUGUACAAUUCAUUAGUUUCUCAAGUUCAGGAUAAAUAUGUAAAAAACCAAUGCGACAAAUUAGAUGUUGAACCAACUGUUGAUGGGCAAUCUGUAUAUGAUUAUAUUUCAACUCAUGAAAAUAUACCACCCAGAGAAAUUGAAGAACUGGUUGAACUAUUUAAAAGCAUUGCAAAAACCUAUUCUGAUUCUCCUAUUGGAUUCAGUACAUCAUUUAAUAUCAACGUACAACCAAAUUUGCCGAUCCUAUGUGCAGUUAAAAACAUUUUCUCUAACAUGUUCUAUCUUGCUAUAUGGUUUGGAAUUGGUAUGAUAGUCUUUACAUAUUUUAUUAAAUAUUAAUAUCCCAUUAAAAUAUAAUUGUAUGUAAUUAUAUGAUAAGAAAUGUCAAGUUUACCACACUACCCGGCUAAAAAAGAAUGGAAUAAUACACUCUUACAUGUAAAAAUGUAUUUAAAAAAAAAAUGGUUUUUCAAAUUAUAACAUUAUUAGAAAUACAUGUCUAAUUUUUUUUUUUAGUCAUUAUAUUAACGUACUUGAAUUAUUAUGAGAUCAAUCUUUUAUAAGAUUAUCAAAUUUAAUAAAAUAUGAUUCAUGUUGAGCUUUUUGGGAACAUAAAUUAAGUCUAUAUUGUGUAAACAUUAUUUUAAAACUUAAAUAAAUAUUUUGAAACUCUUAAACAAAAAUAUAUAUCUUGUUUUUGUUUUCAGUUGGAUUAUCUGUCAUUGGUUUAUAUUUUUUAAUAUGCUACAUUUCAUCGAAAAGUGAAAAACAUCAUCUGGAUGUAAAUCAAUUGAUUGAAAAUACAAUUGAUUUACUUAAAGAACAGGCACAAAAUCGGCCUGAUGAAAACUAUUUACCAAUUAUACAUAUACGUGAUCGUUUAAUUCCAUUCAAUGAGAGACAAGGUAUUCAGUUUUGCAUUAAGCAUUUGUUUAAACUGUAAUUAAUAUACUAUUUUUACACUGGUUGUUUUAUUUCAGCUAAAUCUAAAAUUUGGGCUGAAGUUGUACAGUACUUUACCGAAUCUGAAUCAUCUGUAAGAUCUGAAGUACAAGAAAUUGAUGGUGAAGACUAUGAAGUUUGGAGGUGGAUUCAACCCAUGUCUCCUGGAUUUUAAUUUGAACAAUGUAAUAACAUAUUUAACAAAAAUUUUUUUUUCAUUAAUAUUACUAAGUUACUAUUUAGUUAAGACAAUCAAUGCUUUUAAUUUUUUUCAUAAACAAGAUUGUUGUAAAAUAUUAUUUAGUGAUAAUUUUUUUAUUUUGUUAUAAAUGAUCAAUUAAUUACUUAAAAUUUAUUUUUAAUAACUAUUUUUGUACAUAACGAAAAUAAAACAUCAUAAAUUAUGUCUUUUUUUUCUGAUACCUAAAAAUGACAAAAAUUUAUUUGUUAAACAUCAAAGAAUUAAUAUUCUUUUUGUAAUUAAUGCAACAUAAAAAGAUGGAAAUACUCUGCGUAAAGAGUGGACCGCUGUUGUUGAUGAGAAAUUGGG